UAGUGGUUGCGUCAUGCUGUGGAGAAAAAUGACUCCAGAACAUUUGGCGGUAAAUAGCUCGAUUUGAGCUUUGAAUUUGGAAUUUAGUUUCGUAAUCCGAUAUUAUUAAGUAGUAAAUCGUAUUUUACAUCAAUGUUAAAGCAUUUCGAAACCAGGUUUCUUGCAAAUCCAAAUCAGCUGCCGUUGGUUUGUUGUGUUGACAGUUGGCGAAUUGUCACGCUUGGCGCCAUUACUCCGGGUCGUUGUUUACAGCUGCACGGCAUGCGUUGCCCGUAGGACGGACGAAACUUGCUCCUCAUUUCUGUACGGUGAAUUGUUCAAGCAAAGAGCUGAAACGCCAUGGCGAGUGUUAAUCAGGAAAAAAGGAAGGAAACGCCCUCGCCCGCAAAGCAUGUGGAUAGUGUAAAUCAUGAAGAAUUCGAAGACACAGCCCUGCUUGCGAUACACAUCGCGGGCCUGUGCAUGAAGGAGGACAAAGCGGACGUUACGUUCGUCGUCGAGCAGGAGCGCAUACCGGCGCACCGUGUGAUAUUGGCGGCCCGGAGCGAAUACUUCCAAGCGCUGCUGUACGGUGGGCUGGAGGAAACGAAGCAGACCGAGAUUGCGCUGCAGGUUCCGCUGCAACCGUUCCAAUAUUUGCUGCGCUACAUCUACUCCGGCAGCAUGUCGCUGAAGGAUAUGAAGGACGAGGAUAUACUGGACACGCUCGGGCUGGCCAUCCAGUACGGAUUUCCCAGCGUGGAGAAGGCAAUCAUCAACUACCUGUCGCUGCACGUGUCCGCGGGCAAUGUGUGCGCUAUUUUGGACGCCGGUCGGCUGUUCGAUCUCGCCGAUCUGCUUGCGGUGUGUGACGAGUUUGUCGACAGGAAUGCGCUCGAUGUGCUGCGGCAUGAGACGUUCCAGAAUCUCACAUUCGAGUCGCUGUGCAGAUUGCUCGAUCGGGAUAAGUUUGAUGCACCGGAGGUAGAUAUAUUUCUCGCUGUGCAUAAGUGGUACCGAGCGAAGGAAGACGCGGAUGCGGCUCAGUACAAGAAAAUAUACGACAAGGUGCGCUUUCCGCUGAUGUCUCACAACGAGCUGGUCACGGUGGUGCGACCGACCGGGGUGCUACAGUCGGACCAAUUGCUGAACAUUGUGGCCGAGAAGGAAACGCUCUACAAGCUGCGUAAUCGUGGCGUAGUGCCAGGAGAGAACGUAGUGAAGGAUAAAAUCGUAUGGACACAGCUGUACGAUGGAAGGAUACGAUGUGCCGAUGUCGUGUUAAAAAAAGCGCACGUCAUCAACAAGAUCGAGGUGUGCUAUAAGAUGAAAAGCGCAGACAAUGUGGUCUACUGCGUUGAUGUAUCGCUCGAUGGGGAAUGUUGGCACCGGCUAGCCGAACUGCAUCACAAUAAACCCACGGAAGUGGUGCACUUCCGGGCGCGGGAAGUACGCUACAUUGAAGUGACCACGUCCGACAAAUAUGAAGAUAUUGAUUCCAUAAAGGCAAUGUUGCACAUGAAACAGAAAAAGAAGAAAUUGCAUUCCACUUCGGAUUAGAAGAUCAUGUACCACUUGUAUACGGGUGUGCAUUGGAUUACGGAAGCGAAGAAUUCGUCUUAUGUGUAUUAUGAAGGUGAUUUUCAUUGUUUUCUUUACAACAAUCUGGUGGAUUGUUGAAUGAAGAUAUUAAAAAUGAAGAAUGAGUUAUACCGUUGAAUGAAUUAUAUCAAUAAUACAGGGUAUCUGAGAGCCAUAACUAUAAGAAUCUGCUUGAUAUUUCUA